AUGAGACACAUUUUUAUCACCAAGAUCUCUGAUCAUUACCGUCCUCCAAAUUUGAAUUGUUCGGAUGAAUACAACCUUGUUGCUGAUUUCAUUGGUCACACCGGAUACAUUUCUUGUAUCACUAUUUCCCCAGAUGGAUCAUUAUGUGCUUCAGCAGGUAAAGAUGGUGUCAUUAUCUUGUGGGACUUGAACUCAAACAAGACUUUGUACACCUUGAAUGCUGCUGCUGAGAUUCAUGCUUUAGCUUUCUCUCCAAACAGAUAUUGGUUAGCUGCUGCCACUGCAUCUGGAAUCAAGAUCUUCAACUUACAGGAAAGAACUUUGUUGGAUGAAUUGAAACCAGAGUUUGCAAUUGGAGCUAAGGCUAAGAACCCGGAAGCUAUGUCUUUGGCUUGGUCUGCUGAUGGUCAAAACUUGUUUGCUGGUUACACAGAUAACGCCAUCAGAGUUUGGCAAGUGAUGACUUCCUCCGCUUAA